CAGUCAGUUAAGGAGUGCAGGAAAAUGGCAGAGGCCAGUAUUUUAAUAGAUCAGGAUCAGUUCAGCUGUCCAGUGUGUCUCUCUCUCCUGAAGGAUCCAGUGACUAUCCCGUGUGGUCACAGUUUCUGUAGAGUGUGUAUUAAUGACUGCUGGGAUCAGGAGGAUCAGAAGAGGGUCUACAGCUGUCCUCAGUGCAGAGACACGUUCACUCCAAGGCCUGUUCUACGCAGAAACAACAUGCUGGCUAAAGUGGUGGAGAAACUGAAUAAGACUGAAGUCCGAGCUGCUUCUCCUGCUUACUUUUAUGCUGGACCUGGAGAUGUGGAGUGUGAUUUGUGCACUGAGAACAAAUACAAAGCUGUCAAGUGCUGUCUGGUGUGUCUGGCCUCCUUUUGUGAAACUCAUCUGAGACCUCAUUUUGAACUUCCUGCCUUGCAAAAGCACAAGUUAGUCGAAGUUUCCGGAAAUCUACAACAGAAGAUCUGCUCACAGCAUGAUAAAGUGCUUGAGAGCUACUGUCAUACUGACAAACGCUUUCUCUGUUUUUUCUGUGUGAUGCAUGAGCAUAAAAAUCACGACACAGUAGCUGUCGCGUCAGAAAGAGCCGAAAAGCAGACUGAACUGAAGGAGGAGCAGAUGAAAUCCCAGCAGAGAUUUCAGCAGAAGCAGAAAAAGGUGCAGGAGCUGAAACAGGCUGUGAACAAUUUUAAACUCAGUGCACAGACAGCAGUAGAUGACAGUGAGAAGAUGUUUACUGAGAUGAUCAGCUCCAUGGAGAAAAAGCGCUCGGAGAUGACGGAGCUGAUCAGAGAUCAGGAGAAGGCUGAAGUGAGUCGAGCUGAACGACUCCUGGAGCAACUGGAGCAGGAGAUUUCUGAUCUUCAGAGGAGAAUCACUGAGCUGGAGCAGCUUUCACACACACACGAUCACAUCCAUUUCCUACAGACUUUCCAGUCUCUUAGAGUCUCUUUUGAAUGUGAGGACUCAUCCAGCAUCACUGUCAAUCAACAUCUUUCAUUUGAUGACGUGAGGAAAUCUGUUUCUGAUCUGAAAAAGCAACUCGAGGAAUUCUCAGUGAAAGAGUUGACCAAAUUCCCUAAACAUGUUGCAGCAGUUCAGAUGUUUUUCCCCUCAGAACCGAAGAGCAGAGAAGAUUUUCUGCACUAUUUCUGUGAUCUGACUCUGGAUCCCAAAACACUACACGAUCACCUCAUUCUGUCUGAGAAGAACAGAGUGGUGACCUAUAGUAAGACAAGGCAGCCGUACUCUGAUCAUCCAGAGAGAUUCAACUACUACAGCCAGGUGUUGAGUAAAGAGAGUGUGUGUGGAUGCUGUUACUGGGAGGUGGAGUGGAAAAGUGAGAGAAGUGUGUUUAUUUCAGUCUCAUAUAAAGAUAUCAGAAGGAAAGGACGGAGUGAUGAGUGUCUGUUUGGAUACAACGAUCAGUCCUGGAGUUUGCAGUGUUCUUCUUCUUCUGUCUUGUUCUGGCAUGACAAUGUUAAGACCAAUCUCAGAGUUCCAUCAUCCUCCAGAAUAGGAGUGUAUGUGGAUCACAGUGCAGGAACUCUAUCCUUCUACAGCAUCUCUAAUACCAUGAAGCUCCUUUACAGAGUCCACACCACAUUCACUCAGCCUCUAUACGCUGGAUUCUGGCUCAGCUCCUAUGGAUCAACAGUGAGGUUAAAUAAAAAUGUAGUAAUGUGAUUUUAUAUUCACAUUAGCAAAUAUAAUAUCUUCUUUCUUUUCUGAGAAACACAUGCAUGUUCCUUUUGUUUCUAUGCAACAAAUUCCAUGAUACCUAACACUCCAGACGACUCUCUAAAGAACUCUUACAGAGCUGGACUUACGCUUCGGCUCAUUGUCUUGUUGUACGGUGAAGUCGUUCCAAUGAGCCGCAGUUCAGACAGAAAGGAAUGGUAGCCAUGUUGGUUCAAUUUAAAUUAGCAUGCGCUCAAUACAAACAGAAAUUUGUGGAAUUGUGGCAUAGCUUCAUGUAUACAGAUUCUUGUCAAAAGAAAUUUUGUGUGUCAUUUUUAUUUUUGAAAAGAUUUUGCGAUCUGUUUACAUUUUUAAAGAUUUCGAUUAUUGAUUAUCUUUAGAUUUUUUUAAUCCCUUUUUUUUUCAGUACAACGUCUUACAAUCUGCACUUGUUUCUGUCAAUGAUCAUACAAAAAUAAAACACAGAAAAUCAAAUGAACAAUUUCAUAAUAACAUAAUACAGUAAG